UGUUAUAAUCGGAACUUACGAUGUCUUUGAAGAGAAGAUAAGCGAUGAAGAAGAAAAGAAAGAAAAGGAUCUCAAACUCGGCGUGUCUAACGAAGGCGAAAACCGCCACAACCGCCCGAGUCAAUAAUGACUCGUUCCGAGUCUCGCCUCGCCUCGCCAUCGCUGUUUUCUCUCUCUCUCUCUCACUUCCAAAAACUACAACAAUCUCUCUCUCUCUCUCUUCUUCGUCAAAGAAAAGAAGGAAUAGAAAUGACACAGUGUUUAUCUGGAAACUGAUCCGGGUCGGGUAUGAAUACUUCCUGGGCCGGCCCAAAACGUUCGGCCCAAAACGACAUUAGCGUUUGAGGUUUUGUUCAUCAUCAAUACUGAUACCAUGCUUCUCUUCACCGCCAUUCACCGUCCAUGUGUGUGUAACCUUUGAUUAUAAAAUUUGUAAAUAAGUUUAUAUUCAUUCAAGGUUUUGUUUUUCAUCAAUCAUCAUAGCGAAAGAAAAGUCUUGUAAUUUUCUUUUGGGCUAUCAUUAUAAUCGAUCUUUCGCUCUCCGGUCAAAUUCAGAUAUAUUUCCACGAUCCUUUAAGUCGGCGACUUAAUCAAAUUUAAAAUUCUUUCUUUUUUCUCUCUCCAAUAACGUAUUCUGAAAGUAUAUCCAAACCUUCUUUCGCAGACUUAGCGUGAUCCAUCAGGAUUUAAUUUGAUUUGCAUUGUAUUGGAAAGACAAAUGGCGAUGUUGAGAAGAUAUGUUACAGCUAGUGCUAUUGCAUUAUUUGCACUUUUGCUGUUGUUGGUUACUUGCAACCUUAACAUGGCUUUGGCCUCUUCUGGAGGCGUGAUGGGAGGGAAUUUCUUCGAUUCGGAUUCGGAGUCUUCCUCCUCAGAAUCAUACACUAGGGAUUCAGAAUCAUACAGAAUGGAGCAUCAUCCUCAUCGUUAUUAUGAUGCCCCUUCUCCUGACACCGAUGCUGCAAAGGGAAGUCACAGUGGACUCGUGCUUUUUCUGAUUUUUGCAUCGGGUAUGUUUUUGGUUGCAUUCUAUAAAGGCAGCAAUGGAAAUUCAGUUACUGUGAUCAAGCUUCAGGUUGCAAUGUUGGGUGGUGGGAUGGGGAGCCCAAUACUAAGGGAUCUAACUAGGAUUGCAGAAACUGCAGAUACAUCCUCUCGAGAUGGUUUGACCUAUCUAUUGGCAGACACAAUACAGAGUUUGGUUCGACAUCUUCGUUACUGUAUUGCUGGAUAUACAUUUAUGAAUCUAAAGCGGAGUAAAGAGGAUGGGGAGAAAUACUAUAACCAACUAUCAAAUGAAGAAAGGGACAAAUUUGAUGAAGAGACAUUAGUUAAUUUGAACAACACAGAAAAGAGAAGUAAAAAAACCCAGAGUGAUGUGUUUAGCAAUGAAUAUUCAAUGUUUGAUCAAAAGGGGAUUAAAGAGGGAACAAAAAAAAUUGAAGAAGAGAAACUUCUCAACGAGUUUGGUGACGAGUACAUAGUGAUAACAAUCUUGGUAGCUGCUAAAGGAGCACAUAAGCUUCCUAACAUCAAUGGAACGGAAGAUUUGAAGGAGGCCUUACAAAAGCUUAGAACCGUUCUCUCAAGCAAAUUAUUAGCUGGCAAGGUGUUAUGGACCCCACAAAAUGAGGAUGACACUCUUUCAAAACGAAGACUACUUGAAGACUACCCUCAGUUAGCAAAAGGCAUGGCAAACUUUCUAGUUAAGAAACGUGAAUGAUAGAAAUGGGCAAUGCUUGGUCACGUUUUGUGUUAAAUUAUUUCCCCAAUAAGUUACAUUUAUUUCUCAGGUUUUAAAAUUAAAAAAUUUCUAUAAAAUUAGUUCAGUUUCAAUAUGUUCAUAGGUGUUUUAUAUGUUAAUGUAAUUUUUUGUUACAUUUAAUUGUAGACUAAUUUAAAUGUAAUGUAAAAUAUUUUUAAAUUUAUUAUCCAAUAAUUGAUUAUUUUGUAA